GCCAUGUCGUCCUACAGCCGCGUGGCGCUGGUGACCGGCUCCAACAAGGGCAUCGGCUUCGCCAUCGCGCGCGAGCUGUGCCGGCAGUUCUCCGGGGAUGUGGUGCUCACGGCGCGGGAUCCAGACCGGGGCCAGGCGGCCGUGAAACAGCUACAGGCCGAGGGCCUGAGUCCCCGCUUCCACCAGCUGGACAUCGACGACCCGCAGAGCAUCCGCGCGCUGCGCGAUUUCUUGCGCAAGGAAUACGGGGGGCUCAACGUGCUGGUCAACAACGCGGGCAUUGCCUUCAAAGUCAAUGACCCAACGCCCUUUGACGUUCAGGCGGAGAAGACACUCAAGACCAACUUCUUUGCCACUAGGAAUGUCUGCACUGAAUUAUUGCCCAUUAUGAAGCCACAUGGCCGGGUGGUGAACAUCAGCAGCCUGCAGGGUUCCCGCGCCCUGGACGGCUGCAGCGAGGAGCUGCAGGAAAAGUUCCACAGUGCCGCCCUCACCGAGGAGGACCUGGUGGACCUCAUGAAGAAGUUUGUGGAAGAUGCCAGAAACGAGGUGCACGAGCGGGAGGGCUGGCCCAGCUCGGCCUACGGGGUCUCCAAGCUGGGGGUGACGGUCCUGUCCAGAAUCCUGGCGAGGCGUCUGGACGAGAAACGGGAGGGAGACCGGAUCCUGUUGAAUGCCUGCUGCCCUGGCUGGGUGAAGACAGACAUGGCCGGGGACCAAGGCACCCGGACCCCGGAGGAGGGCGCCGACACUCCCGUUUACUUGGCCCUGUUGCCUCCAGAUGCCACCGAGCCACAGGGCCAGCUGGUCCGGGACAGAGUGGUGCAGCCCUGGUGACAGUGGGUGCUGGGUGCUGCUUGUCUAAUAAAUGUG